UAAUUUAUUAAGAUAAAUUAUACUGUCGUAUCUCUGUAAAUACAAACGUAAAUAAUAUGGAAAAUGGAAAAUUGCGGAAGAAGAAUGAUACAAUGAAUGAUACGUCACAAUUUAAAAAGCAACCAAAGAAAAAUGAUUAUAGUACCUUUACUAAUUGAAAAUUCCAUAUUACAAUCAAUUCUCACCGAAGAAGAAAUGGAGUUGGUAAACAAUAUUGUAUUUUUUACUGAUCGAACGUAUACAGAAAAUCAAUCACGUUUAUCUAACUCAAGAAUUUCACAAUCUUUGUACGAAUCUUCGAUGAAUGCGUUAGAAGAAAAUACUAUAGAAGAAAAUAUUACGGAUACUAUGGUUUUCAAAAUGCUCAAGAUACUGUAUAGUUACCCCAUUAUUCGUAAAGCGGCUGCGUCAUAUCAGAUGAACGCUUCAGCGCAGAAAAAGAAAUGA